AUGGAAAAAGCUUCCCCCUCCCCUUUCUACACAAAUGUUGCAACACAAUCUGAAAUUUCCUCUUUUCUUUCCUUCCUGCAUUUCUUACAGGUUCCUUUGCGUCAGAAGACAAAAAAGAAAAGUCAAGGGUUCUUUAUAAUGAGCCGACGGAGGAUAUCGUGUAAAGAGCUGGGGCAAGCCGAUUGUCAAGGGUGGCUCUACAAAAAGAAGGAAAAAGGAGCUUUCAUUGGCAACAAAUGGAAAAAGUUCUGGUGUGUACUGAAGGAGUCAUCACUGUAUUGGUACAGCAGUCAGCUGGCUGAAAAAGCAGAAGGAUUUAUCAGACUUCCAGACUUCAGUGUGGAUCGAGCAAUUGAAUGCAAAAAAAAGCAUGCUAUCAAGAUCAGCCACCCACAGAUCAAGACAUUUUAUUUUGCGGCAGAAAAUGUUCUGGAAAUGAACACGUGGCUAAGUAAGCUGGGGAUGGCUGUAGACCCUCAGGCACCCAACGGGAAGAAUGAGGAAGAAUGCUACAGUGAAAGUGAACAUGAUGAUCCAGAAAUAACAGACACACCACCUCCCCCCUACACAGUCCAGCCAACACCACCUCCUUUGGAUCAGCAGAAGUCUUCUUUCACCUCGAUUCUAUCAAAUGAAGCAUCUUGUUCCCUCUCUUCUCCUGAAAGCACUUUCAACUCCCAAGAGUCGUCUUCUUCCUUGACAUCCAAAGUGGUUUAUUCUGAGAGGCAAUCCUGGCUUGACCUAGUUAACAGCUCUGCCACAGAAGAUGGUGAUCAGCCCUUAACUUUCUGUGUACAGAUUCACUCUGAUGAGCCACCAGAAGCAGACUGUGGAGAAGUGGCAGAAAGCCAGGAGGCUGGGCUUUCCAAACCCAGUGGUGGAUGCCCAAACUCUUUUUUAGGUCCGGAUACACAUUGUCUAGCUGUGCCAGAUGCAAUAGGACAGAGAUCACUAUCCAAAGAUCAGGAAAAAUGUGAUAAUGAUGAGAUGGAGCGACUUUACAAGUCAUUAGAACAAGCAAGCCUGUCUCCCAUUGGUGAUCGUCGGCUGUCAACGAAGAAGGAGCUUAGGAAGUCAUUUAUCAAACGCAGCAAAAACCCCUCCAUUAAUGAGAAACUCCACAAAAUUCGAAUGCUGAACAGCACAUUAAAGUGUAAGGAGCAUGACCUGGCCACAAUUAACCAGUUGCUAGAGGACCCAAAGUUGACAGCAAUGAAGUACAGAGAGUGGAGGAACACAAACAUCAUGCUGGUCCAAGAUAUUUAUCAGCAGCAGGAGGCCCAGGAUGCAUCCACAGAGAACAGCGAGGAGCAAGAGAUGACUCCACAGCCUAUCACUGAAAGUUCUAUCUGAGGCCAUGUUUCAAAAGGUUCAUUGCAAGAUUUUCCCUCGUGGGUCUUCACAUGCAGGCACUUUAAACUGCUGCAUUUUGAAGUUUGUUUUUUCCAAGUGUUCUUUGAAAGGAAAACAACCCCUUGUCCAAAGCUUUAAUACCUCUUGCAAAAUUCAUUUCAUGUCAAAAGAGCAAAUCCCCCAGAUUAAAAAACCAUGCCAGAACCUGGGCUUCAUACCUAAAAAGACUACUUUAUGAAGAAGCAAAGAAAGUAAAUUAAAUAUGUCCAACUCCUGGAAGUCACAGAACUGUGUAAUAGGCACAGUAUGAAUGUGAGGUCUUUGGGGUUGUUUUAACCAUGUAACUUACCCUUAAAGGAAGCUAACACAAUGCUAGCAGGAUGUAGUCUACUCUCUACUUUUUACUCUGUAAGGUAACCUGAUGUAUGCAUUUUCAUCUCUACCUUCACUUUCACAACUCUACAAGUUUAAACUCAGACAAGUAGAAGAGUAAUUAUGCAUGAGUUUAUACUAUGGACACCUGUCAGGCACCUGGUUUGUGCUCUGCCUGAUGUUUAAAGUGUUUCAAACUUAUUUAUGGACCAGACCAAGGUAUUGUCUUUCUACAUGAAGAAGAGAAGGUCUCUCAAUGUUUGCUAACAUGUAAUUUACUCUUCAUUGAGGCAGCUAAUGCUUCAACAAGUUUCAACUUUUCUUACGGACUUGGCAGAAUUCCUUGGAAGACUAUUUUCUUCUUUCUUAUUUUUGACCAUUGGCAACAUAUGAGGUACAAGUUCAUCUGAGAUUCCUGCUUAGGAAGGUGAUAAAAUUCACAAGGCAGAAACUAAAUAAUUAAAUCCCUGAUGUGGACCUGAAAGGGUAAAA